GAUCCUCGCUGAAGGCCAUGGCCAUCUCCUACGGUGCCCACCUUCUGGACCACACUCGCUCAGAUCCAUGAAGAAUACUUGAAGCCGUCCUCCCCGAGCACCCAAAGAUGCUUUAAGCAGAGCCAUUUGCCCUGCUUCCUUUCGUUCAUUCCUUCCCACCACAGACAUCAUAACACAGUAGUCCUCUUCGUCAUGAACGAUCCCUCAUUCCACUGCGUCCAAAUGAACCUAAGGCCCACAAGGCUGCUGAUUCCCCAACACCUUCAGUGUCUCAUUCUUUUCCCUCCCUUCUCUCAGACUGACGGUCAUCAGUCCUCGUUUGGAAACUUAGCUGGUGGUGGUGAUCCGAUGGCGCAGGUAGGUGGAUCAUUCCGCACGAGAUACGAGGCGCCUGUGGGAGAGAACCUUUUCCCUUUGGCACGGCACGCGCUGAACUGCAACUACCUACUACAGUGUCACUGGCAUUGUGGAACCUGGAUGCCUUAAUGAUGUGCUAUGGAGUGCAGUGUCACUGGCAUUGUGGAACCUGGAUGCCUUAAUGAUGUGCUAUGGAGUGGAACCGCUGCCUUCGAGACCAUCUGUUUCGAGACCAUGGUAAUAAAUGCAAGCAACUUUUUGCAGAAAUGGAGUCAAUUGACCGAGAAAGACGGAGAAGAAAGAGAGGAUAUGUCGCUAACCUUCCCAUGAAUGAGUCUGUGGUUUACUGUUAAAUAUAUGCUACUAUGUCUCUCAGUUCUUCAGUGUUACGGUGGGAGAGGAGAGGAGAGAGAGAGAGAGAGAGAGGAUGUUGGCCGCCGACAAGAUGUCGGAUUUGGUGUCAUCGCUGAAACCUGACGGGGUGUCAUCGAGAGAUUCGCCCGACCUAGCAUAGGAAUGGUGGCAUAGUUUGCCUGCUUUCGUUACAUCUAUAUUUAUCUUGGAUUCCUUUGACUCCACUCGUCCCCGUCGCUCUCCCAAGUUUGCUGCUUCGACGUCGUCGCCGCGAGAGGUGUUGGGGCGGUGACGGAUGAUGGAGGAGCUCCACCACCAGUUCUCGCACGUCAUGCCGCCACCCCCGGUGCCGCAGCAGCAGGGCGGCCAGCGCGGGUGCCUCCUCCCCUCGUCGCCGGGAGAUGGUGGCGCAGGAGAGGAGGAGGAGGCAUCGGCGGCGGGGGAGACGGAGAGGGCCAGGUGCAAGGCGAAGAUUGUGGGGCACCCCUUGUUCGAGCAGGUGCUGUCGGCCCACGUGGCGUGCCUGCGGAUCGCCACGCCGGUAGACCAGCUGCCGAGGAUCGAGGCCCAGCUCUCCCAGUCCCACCACGUCGUCGCCAAGUACACGGCCGCCGCCGCCUCCUCCGCCGGUGCUAACCCAGACAACAGGGAACUCCAUCAAUUCAUGGCAAACUAUGUGUUGUUGCUCUGUUCCUUCAAGGAGCAACUACAGCAGCAUGUUCGUGUCCACGCAAUGGAUGCGGUGAUGGCCUGUUGGGAGCUUGAGCAGAACCUGCAAAGCUUGACCGGUGUCUCUCCAGGUGAAGGGACCGGCGCGACCAUGUCCGAUGACGAGGAAGAUGAAGAAGACGGCGACGUCACCCUGUUCGACGCAAGUUUGGAUGGAACUGAGGACAUGGGGUUUGGUCUUCCCACCGAGAGAGAGCGCUCCUUGAUGGAACGCGUCAGGCAGGAGCUGAAGCAUGAGCUGAAGCAGGGCUACAAAGAGAAGCUUAUGGACAUCAGAGAAGAGAUACUACGGAAGCGAAGAGCUGGGAAGCUGCCAGGAGACACUACUAAUCUUCUGAAAGCAUGGUGGCAGUCCCACUCCAAAUGGCCUUACCCUACUGAAGAUGACAAGGCUCGACUGGUGCAGCAAACAGGGUUGCAACUGAAGCAGAUCAACAACUGGUUCAUCAACCAAAGGAAGAGGAACUGGCAGAGCAACCCUUCCCCCUCUACUUCUCUCAAGAGUAAACGUAAGAGGGUGACGACAAUGCCCGAAGCUUCAUGAAGAAUUGAUCAUGUCCUCCUAACUUCCAAAUGUUUGUUCUCUGGGAAGGCUAAGUUGUAAUGUUGCUGCUUACUAAAGCAUUCAGUAUGUGGACUUGUUA